AUGGUGGGAUACAAGAUUUCUAAUUUGAUUGUCGGCCUUGUGGCUGUGGCCAGCCUUUUUGGCAGCAACGUCCUUGGCAAUGAAACCCCUGCAGAGAACAAUAGCGAUUGGAAGCCCGCAGAGCCGUUAAGGAAGGAGCUCACAAACGAGGAAAUCGAUAAACUAAUCUGCCACGAUGUACGUUUUGGUUGGUGGACCAGACGUGGAAAAACCCCAGAGCAACUAAAGAAAAUGAUAGAAAACGAGCUGGAGUGUAGAAGAAUGCGCAUGAGGCUCUCCAUUCAACAUUUUGAUGAUGUAUUACGAAGGCUUCCUGCCGAUCUUGCAGGGCAGGCGGCAGAAUACCCUACCAUGCGCCAUGUACCUGAAGCUCUCCGACAAGAAAUUGAUGCCUUUUUUGCAAAGCAACAAUCCGAUGACCUCAUUGCUCGCGAACAACGACGCAAGGAGUACGCUGCAGCUGAAGCUGAAGCUAAAGCUAAAGCCGCUCCUAAAGUGCUGAAUGACGUUACCGGCGUAAGUGAAAAGCACCCUGAGGAGGGUAAAGAAACAUCGGAGAAGACUGAUGAGACCGCCAAGGAGACUGAUGAGACCACUAAUGAGACUUCUACAGAGGGUAGCGAAACCCCUGAAAAAAGUGAAUGA